AACAGGCAACAUGAGUUUUUCAGUGCAUGGCUCUUUUAUAAUUGUUUGUAGUUGUGAAAAUAUAUUAAUUUACAAUAUAAAUAAUGGAGAAGAAUCAAUAUUGAAAAUUCCAAAUAUAAAUAUUAUUACAAAUACAAGUAAUAAUUUAUUAAAACAACACAACAAUUCAGAUGUUGAUACAUGUCAUGGAAUAACCUCAAUUGAAUAUUCCAAUGAUGGUAAAUACAUAUGUUUAUGUACAAAUCGUAAACAAUUAUGUUUAUAUGACAGAUUAAAUAAUAAUAAAUUAGUGUCAAAUAGAACAUUAAUUAGAGCAGCAAGUAGAGUUAGAUUAACACCAAAUAAUGAUAUUAUUGUUGCUGAUAAAUCUGGUGAUGCUUAUCUUUAUUCAUUGAGUAAACCUGAUGAACCUGGUAAACUUAUUCUUGGACAUUUAUCAAUGUUAUUGGAUGUACUUGUUACAAAAGAUAAUAAAUAUAUUAUAACUGCUGAUAGAGAUGAAAAAAUACGUGUAUCUAAAUUUAAAAAUUCAUACAAUAUACAAUCAUUUUGUUUGGGUCAUACUAAAUUUGUUAGUAAUAUAUGUCAAUUACCACAUGAUUCAAGUAUUAUUGCAUCAGCUGGUGGUGAUGGAUUUGUUAAAUUUUGGCAAUAUAAAAAUGGCCAAGAAAUGAAUUCCAUUAAUUAUUCUGAUAAAAUUAAAUGUAAAGAUAUUGUACAUUUAAAUGAAAGUCUAAAUGAUCUUGAGUUGACUGAUCCAAUUGAAACAUUACCAGUUAAACAUCUCAUAUCAACAAUAAUACCCAACAACAACAACAACAACAAUUCAUCAUCAUUGAUAUUAUUGACAUUUUAUGGAAGUGGACUUGUACUUUUAUACAAAAUAACAGGAUCAAUAACAAUUGUCAAUGAUAAUGAUAAUAUUAAAUUUUUACAAUCAAUUAUUAUUGAUGAUGAACCAAUUCAAGUACAUUUUGCAAAUGAUAAAUUAUGGAUGUUGCUGAAAAGUGGUGUGCAAGUUUAUAAGUUUAAUAAUAAUGAUGAAAUGUUUAUCCAAGAUAUUGAAUAUAAUGAUAAACUUGAUAAAUUAAAUAAAUCAUGGAUUAAACUUGAAAAUAAUGUCAAUAAUCAAAUUUUUUAUCCAAUUUUGUAUAAAAGAAAAUUUGACAAUGUUCAAGAGUACAAGGAAAAAAAAAAAUCAAGA